ACCUGAGAACUGUCUUCUUCUUCUAGUGGAAACAGUAUAUGUGUGAGAGCUUCUCUGUGGAAGUGAACAUUUGCUUCUCCACAUACCCCAUCCAACCAUCUUCUUCUUCUUCUUCUUCUUUCUCAACAUUUCCUAUUCCUCAACCUGCAAAUUUAUGCAUCAAUAGUUACAUCAAACAGACAGUGAUGGCCCCAUCAUUUACAAACUACCCAAAUGGUCUGAUCAAAGUAGCAGUCACAGUGAUUCUUAUCUCUUCUCUCUCAGCUCUGCCUCCCAAAUCAGUUGGCUUGGAGUUGUCAAGUUAUAGCAAGAUGGUGUUGGGUUCAAGGCCUCCAGGGUGUGUAAACAAGUGCAUGAGUUGCAGGCCUUGUAUGGCUAUUCUGGUCAUUCCUCCCCAUGUUAUUAUUAAGAAUAAUAAAAAGGGCUUCAGAGAAUCAUCACCAUCUUCUCAUAGAGAGGAUGAUAACUACUAUCUCCUCUCUUGGAAAUGCAGAUGUGGAAACAAGCUCUACCAGCCUUGAGAUUAUCCAUUUCUUAACCUACCCCUAUAAUUUCUGUCUCCAUUGGACUGGAAGUAUAUUUGUGUUUAAGAUGCAUUGCUUUUUACUAAUAUUGUUGUGGAAUACUUUGAGUACUUUGUUUGUGUUUAUGAACUUAUUGCACAUCGGCUAAAUAAUACUUUUCAAUUUAUUAGUAUUA